UCUUAAGCCUUCCUCCAGGGCGCGGAGAGAUGAGGCUAACAGCGCGACUGAUGAAGGUGUUCAUUACCCGGAGGAUCCCCCCUGAGGGGCAGGCCCUGCUGGACCAGGCCGGAAUUUCUGAAAUAAAACGGUGGGACUCAGAUGAGCCCAUACCGAAGGAGGACCUGGUGAAAGGCGCAGCUGGAGCACAUGGAAUUCUUUGCCUUUUGACUGACAAAAUAGACAGAAAACUCCUGGAUGCUGCAGGGAAGAAUCUCAAAGUAAUCAGCACCCUCUCCGUGGGAGUUGACCAUCUUGACCUAGAUGAAAUUAAAAAGCGAGGGAUCCGCGUGGGCUACACGCCAGAUGUCCUAACAGAUGCCACAGCUGAGCUUGCAGUUUCCUUACUGCUGACCACCAGUCGCAGGCUGCCUGAAUCCAUUGAGGAAGUGAAGAAUGGUGGUUGGACUUCAUGGAAGCCCCUUUGGAUGUGUGGCUACCAGCUCUCGAACAGCACAGUUGGAAUUAUCGGGCUGGGAAGGAUAGGCCAAGCUAUUGCCCGUCGCCUAAAACCAUUUGGUGUCCAGAAAUUUAUAUAUACUGGACGUCAGCCCAAACCCUCAGAGGCAUCUGAGUUCCAAGCAGAGUUUGUAUCUGUUGAACAGCUGGCAGCCCAGUCAGAUUUUAUUGUGGUUUCUUGUGCUUUAACCCCUGAAACCAAGAAACUCUGCAACAAGGACUUCUUCCAGAAAAUGAAGAAAACGGCUGUGUUUGUCAACAUAAGCAGAGGAGAUGUGGUGAACCAGGAGGAUCUCUACAAGGCUUUGAGUAAUGGCGAGAUUGCAGCAGCUGGGCUAGAUGUCACAAGCCCUGAACCAUUGCCCACAAACCAUCCUCUCCUUUCGCUGAAGAAUUGUGUGAUUCUACCACAUAUUGGAAGUGCCACCUAUGCAACCCGGAAUACUAUGGCAGUGAUUGCUGUUAAAAACUUAUUGGCUGGCCUAAAGGGGGAACCUAUGCCAAGUGAACUCAAACUGUGAAGAUUAAACAAAGAAACUCACAAUUGAAGAAGCAUUAAUCAAAUAAUUAUUAUAUUUUCACUUCUGCUAAACAGGAGUAUGUUACUUUCACCUACAUUUCUGCUAUCUUAAAAAGAACAGUGAGGAAUCUCCCCUCCUCCCCAUACAUAUACUUGACUCAAAACUACAUAAAAAGUGCCUAGGAAUAACAUUUGUGAUUAUUCUAUAAUUUUUGAUACAAAGGUAUCAAUGGGUAUGCAACUUUUGUUGAUGUUAUCUAGUCUAAACUGAAUUUCAACAAUUAAAUGACCAUUGAUUUAAUGUGUA